GAUCUCUCAGUGUUGCAAAACGAGUCGAAAGUGGUUUUAGGCGGUCGUCUUUGUUUAUAUUUACCGAUUUAUUAAUUGUUGUGAGUUGUGCAAGCCAAAAACAAUAUGCCCAUUCUAGUAAAGACGCAAAACGCUGGCAAAGGUGAUUGGGCUAUUAUAGAGCUACAAGGCGACCUGGAGGUGAGAAGUAACCAGGACAUGCAUGAUCAGUUCAUUGGCGAUCUUUACUACAAUAAAUAUGGGCAACCUAUUCUCAUUAUAGGCCAUCAUAUUCUUCAGGGCCGUGAACAAAAGUUGGAUAAACCAUUUGCGGUGCUGGAAAAGUCCAAAACCAAUGAGGGAGAACGACUCUUGGAAACGAGCAUGGCCUCUCAGGAUGUGAGCAUGCUGAAUGCCACCACGGGAGCAGAACGCACCGUGCUGGAUCACACGAUUGCCCAGGAGCACAAGAGUCGCCAGAGAACGGAGUACACUGUUCGCGCUGUUUGCACCAAGAAAUUGAUCUUCAAAUCGCGUCCAAAACCAAUUAUAGCCAAUGUGGCCAAGUCCGUUUGA